AUGGUGGUGUUUGAUAAUAUGUCAAAUGGCUAUCGAAAUAUCCUACUUCCUCUGGCUUGUGAAGACAAGUUGCUACGAGAAGCGAUAGUAGUGGUGGCAACUCAGCAUAUAGCUCUCUCUGAUCCAAGCCAUCAACGCUUUGCUGAAGAAAGCCGAGCUGCCAUAAUCAGUCACCUCUGUCAGGAAUCUUUACAGAUGUCUACGGAUCGGGUAUUCACCCUGUCGAAUUGGGCUACCUUGAUCGUUCUCUUAGUCGGGGAAACAAUCACUGGAAGCGCUGAGUAUAGUCAUCUUCUCCAGACCAUGAUCUGCCUUUCCCAAAACAUCGAUGGAAUGACACCUUCUGCAGAAAGACUUUUUCUCACCAAACAAACACAAAUGUUUAAGUUUCUUGGGCAGCCACUGCUGGGUGAACGCCAAGGGGUAAAUGCCUUGUGCUUGCCUCUUGAGCAAUUUCUCGAUUGGACUUACUGCGAACUACCUGUCGACUCCGAGCACACCGAGCUCCUAUAUCUAUACCGAACGGCAUUUAUCAAAGCAUCUCACAUUUAUUUAGGACGGGUAGCCUCUGAUCAAGAUCAAUGGAAGUCACUGGAAGACCUCAAAUCUCUUAUUUCUCGAAUCAGCCCCGACCAAGUGGGAUCGCAUUCCCUCGUAUGGGUUUGUUUUAUUGCAGCAGCAGACAGUACCGAUCCCUACCAUCGAAAAUUUUUCUUCGAUUGGAUGAGCCGAAUUUUCAUCAAAACGAAAUUCCAAAAUGUCUUUUCGGGAAUGCAAGCUCUCCCUGCAAUCUGGUCGUAUAAGGGACCGGGGCGAUGGACGAAUCAUUUGAACGAACUUGCUCCAUCUCUUAUUAUUGAUCUCAAUGUGGACGGCUCUCUCUCCCAAGACGCGCUGCUCGAAGAUCUCCAGUCCCCAGCGCCGCCGUUGUGUAGUGAUGCCGAGCUACGAUCUGUCUUCACGCAUACGGACAUCGCGCCGCGCAAUAUCAUAAUCGAUGAGCAGAGCCGGAUCACUGGUCUUUUGGAUUGGGAGUAUGCCGGGUGGUACUCGGAUUACUGGGAGUAUGCGCAGAUAAUGCGACCGGCAUUCGCGGGCGACUGGUCGAGGUGGAUGGAGAAGACGGCGCCACAGCGGUGGGACCUGGUGGGAAUCAAUACGGCGAGGAAGGUUUUCUUAAAAUAUUGGGCGAUCCAUUGUAUAAUACCUACAGACAUACAAUGGGAUAUAGUCCGCAUUUCAUCUGCUCUAACAUCUUGA